AGAGAAUAGGCUGUACAGGGGAGGACGAAGAAGACGAAGAGAAGGACAGCAGUAAAAGGAUAAGAGUGGAAGAGGAUUCUGGAGUGGAUAUUGGAGUGGCAAUGAUCUGAUAUUUGAGUCGAUAUAUUUGGCUUUCCUAGCAGGGUUUGUCCCAUAAACUAUUAAGCUUUGGGAGGAAGGUCGUCUCCAGAUCUCUACAUAUAUACAGGCCCCUCCAUUCUUCCAUCCCACUCUCCCUCCUCUCUGUGUUUGUGUGUGGUCAUGGCUGACCCAUCGCCUGGCUGGUGGAAGCUGACCUUCCUACGUAAGAAGAAGUCAGAGCCCAAGGUUCUGUACGAGAUCCCAGCGGAGCACGGCAGCAAUACCACACCCCACAGUGGAGCCCCCGGGCCAGUAGAGGGCAACACAGAGGACAGCCAAUUGAACGCCCGUCUGGAGAGGAUAGUGGAUAAGACGGCCACCAAGGGACGCCAUGUCAAAGUGUCCCACUCGGGACGUUUUAAAGAGAAGAAGAAGAUCAGGGCCACGUUAGCAGAAACGCCCGAUCUGUUCCCUGGUCACAAGCCUAGCGACAAGAACCUCUGAGCUCUGGGAAAUGAGUUCACAUACACACACGCAAACACACCAAAACGUCAUGUCUUUCUCUAUCAAACGAAUUUGUGCAGACUCAAACACAGAAGACUUUCUUUGCCUCUCCCUCAAACACAUACAUUGGUCUCACCAUUUCACACGGUCCCUCUAUCACACCCAGUAACACGCACAGAGAUGAAAGGCAGUGCAUCCCAUUGGGCCAUGACAUUUUGUGUCAAUCCAGUCAGAUAUCUCUGUUCUUUCGUUCCCUAGAAAUCUGGGACUGACUGAGAGUCUUUGUAGGCAUCUCAGUAUCACACUCUCUCUGUCCCUUC